AUGAUGAAAUUUACUAAGCAGAAUUUUAUUCUUUUAGUUGGUGGAAUUAUAAUUUAUGUAGUUGAUAUUGGAGUGGACUUCUGGGUAGCUAGUAAAUACUUCUGUCAAGGACAAUAUUGUUGGGCUAUACUGAUACUGUGUUUUAGAGGUCUUUCAUCAUUAAUAACUCAGAUAUUCAGUUAUGAGUGGUUUGAAAAUGACUGGGAAGGUACUGAUACUAGGAAGUUGAAAUGGAUUUUUCUAGUUCAUCUCUUUCAGUGUGGAAUUUUUAUAAGGUAUUGGUUUGCUUUGAAGUAUGGCUGCCAAGCUGCAUUUAAACAAAACAGCAGUGGAGAUGCAUCAGAAACAGACCCUCCCAACUUCAUUCAAAAACAAGCCAUUGAUCUAGUGACUGAUAUUACCAUGCUCAGGGUGUUCAAGACUUUUCUUGAGACUACGCCACAGCUUUUUGUCCAGAUUUACAUAGUCAUGGAACAUGGCACAAAUAAUUUCUGUCAAUAUGCUGCCAUUAUUAUGUCUUUUUAUGGUAUCUCCAUUUCAACAGUUGAUUAUCAGAUAUCAUUACGGAAGUCUCUGCCUGAGAAAGAUGAAUUUCAUGUGCUUCCCAAGUUAGUGUAUCUCUUCUAUAAACUGCUUACCAUCACUUCUUGGAUACUCAGUAUUUCACUGAUCACUCUACUAAGUGUUAGAAGUUCUGUAAUUCUGCUACUUCUUCUUUGGAUCUGUGGCUUCACCUGGACUUUGAAACAGCAUACGACAUUUUGCAAAUCUGAGAAGAUGGAAUAUUUGUACAGAAUUGUUGUUGGAAUAAUUCUAAUUUUUACCUUUUUUAACAUAAAGGGGAGAAAAACAAAAGUUUGCAUUUCUAUUUAUUAUGCUACUCACAUUGUUGUAACUCUAGGUAUUUUGUUUGUAUACAUGUUUUGGAAACCUUCCAUUAUCAAGGAAAUACAUUUUACAAUUGUGAGCAUCUUAACUGUUCUUAGUCUGGUGGUAGGUAUUAUUUUUCUUGUUGUUUAUUAUAGGAAUUUUCAUCCCACUGCUUAUUGCAGACGACAGACAUGUUCAGACGAAGUUGAUGGAGAGGCAGGACAAAAAGAUAGAGUAGAAAUUGGUAGAUUUGAAAAUUUCAUAAUGCAAUGA